GUAAGAAAAAGGUUGGCGAAUGACUAUGGUGUUGAUGAUUAGUGAGUGGCGCAAUUAGCACCCCGUGUCACCGCAAUUUCUCUGAUUUUCCCCUGGCCCAAGACUUAACCAGUUCUUCCGUUUCCCAACAUCCUCUCUUCUCAUGAAUCCCACACAACUUCACCAAUCGGAACCGGACCUUCCGCUUCCACAUCUGGCUUCACUCCGUAUCCAACCGACAUCCCCACGUGUCCCGUCGAACGCCACCCCAACUGCCGGUUCCCAGCGUCGCAUCGCCAUCGCCGUCGACUUAAGCGACGAGAGUGCUUACGCCGUUCGGUGGGCCGUUCAGAACUACCUUCGUCCCGGAGACGCCGUCAUACUCCUCCACGUUCGUCCAACCUCCGUCCUUUACGGAGCCGACUGGGGCUCUAUCCAACUCCAAAUCACCCCUAACGCCACUACUAAUCACGAAAAUGCCACCGCCAUCACCUCCGGCCACCCCGAUGAAGAGUCGCAGCAGAAGCUCGAGAACGAUUUCGACAUUUUCACGACAACGAAAGCGAACACGCUGGCGCAGCCGUUAGUGGAUGCUCAGAUUCCGUUUAAAAUCCACAUAGUGAAAGACCAUGACAUGAAAGAAAGAUUGUGUUUGGAAGUGGAGAGGUUAGGGCUGAGUGCGGUCAUCAUGGGGAGCAGAGGAUUUGGUGCGGCUAGAAGGACUAGCAAAGGAAGGCUUGGAAGUGUCAGUGAUUAUUGCGUCCACCACUGCAUUUGUCCGGUGGUGGUGGUCCGAUUUCCGGAAGAGGAGGAGAGCGAAAUAGGCGGCGCCGAGAAGGUGAUGAAAAAGAAGAUGGUUGGAGAAGAUGUGGAGCUGCAGCCGGUACCGGAAGAGGAACUUGAGUAUCAUGAUGCGGAAGAGGAGCACAGAGAUGCAUAACGAGUGUCCGGGCAAUGACUAGAGCCUACUAAUUCAGCAAGGGAUGAAAGGCAAUCCAAAAAUAUGAAGACUUGUUGGUGGCAAAGAAGCUUGAGAAUAUUGUGUGGUGAUGGAUUCGAAUGCUUUGUAUAUAUGGAUAGUAAUAGGACUCUUGGUUUUUCUCUUACGUGUGUACCCUUCAGUUAAUUGCUUGUUUUCGAUAAUUGAAUGUUGAUGCAACAAUGCCUGUGGAUAUGGUGUGCAGUGUUGAAUUUCUUUGUUACUUUGUUAUAAGCCUUUUCACUGCAUGUUCCUAAUAUCAUAGGAAUACCAAAUUUUUAGUACUUUAAAACUGCA